CUGAUUAUCUUUUGGGAAUUGUUUCGUAUACGAGCUUUCCUGAAGAUUUGCAUUGUAUAUUGGUUACUUUUAAUUUGGGUUUUAUGUAUUUUGAUCAUCUAGGUUUGUUGUUAUUAUCGUAACCUCUGUUUUUGGGUUACAGGGGAGCUUCCGAUUAUACGAAAUUUAAGUGUUUUUAUUUUUUUUCCUGAAAAUCUUCGGAGCUACAGAAUUUGAUCCUAGCAAGGGGGUUUCUGCGACAAGCAAUAUGAGACGCAGAAAUAUGAUGACUGGUUUAGACAUGGAGCCGAAUUCUCAAAGCUUUGUCGGUCAUCCUGAACCUUGCAUUGGAACUAACUUUCUGUAUCCUGAUAUCCCACCCGUGAACACAGCUCCUCAUUUAGAAGCGCAUUCUCUGCAAGAACCUUUUGACAACAACUCAAUGCUCUACGGGCCUCCACAGUACCAUCAUCAACAUGCUUCAAAUCUUAGUUCUGGCAUGCCAACCGCACCAAAUUUUUAUCCCCCUUACGUGAAUUUUGAAGCUCCACCGAGUUAUAUGAUGUCUCAUGGAAGUUAUGGUGCAGUUGAUGGAUUUACUUCCGCCGAACAUGAGAGAAAUGCCCACUUUAUGGAUCACGGAUACAAAAGAAAAAGUUCUGAAGUAAUACCACCUGGAACUUCUCAGUAUCCAGCAGCAGCACCUCCUUGUUCUUUCCUUCAGUUGAAUACACCGGAGACAGCACCUAUCUCAUUCCCACAGUUUGGUAGUUAUCCACAAGUACUAGAUCAGAGAAGUGUGAGGAACAGAGCAGGAGCAGCUACAAUGGAUCCACUUCUCUCUCAUGGUCAUAACAAUUUCAUUCAAGGAAAUUAUGCAGCUCAUCCUUUUCCACCUCCUGGCUCAAUCUGGUAUGACCAGUACUGUAAUGGCAUCAGAUCUGAUGGAUCGUCUUCGCAUUGGUCCCAAGCACCCUCUGCACCUCACAUGCCUGGCACUGGGUCCAUAGACUCUGGUAAUGUCUACUUCCCAAGAUACCCUGAAACAUCUAGUAGCAGAAACCCCACACCAUCUGUAUACCCGAGGAGCCACUAUAUUAGCCAUCACCCGCUACCUCCUCCUGCCAUUGUGUACCCUCACAUGCCUUCAGCCCCAUACACUGAGGCUAUGCAUGCUACUUCAUACAGUCAUAUGGGACCCCUUCAAUCAAUUGGAUCCAGAAUAAACCAAGAACAUCCCCGAGAAGAUUUUGUAGCUGCAGCAAUACUAAGACACCGUGAAAUGCCUCACCUAAGAGGAAUUCCCACAGAUGAAGUUGCACUUUGGGAGGUAGGAGACUUCUACGAUGAUGUUAACUAUGUCGAUCAUCAUCAAGCUAUGCGCUUAGAUAUAGAGGACAUGUCAUAUGAGGAGCUUCUUGCUUUGAGCGACCAGAUUGGAACUGUGAAGACUGGCUUGUCGGAAGAAGAUGUUAAAAAUCUUCUGAAAAGAAGAACCUCAUUAGCGACCAGAAUCAACCUGGAAGAAGCUCCAUCUACCGAUCUAGAAGAAGAUUCUUGCACAAUAUGCCAGGAAAACUACAAGAACCAGGAUAAGAUCGCAACGCUAGAUUGCAUGCACUUGUACCACACAGAAUGCUUGCAGAAGUGGUUGGUUAUCAAGAACGUGUGCCCAAUCUGCAAAGCAGAGGCUCUGGUCACGGAGAAGAAGAAGCUACGGUUAAGUAGUAUAGGAGAAGAGGUUACUGCGGAUUCAAACUAAGAGAGGUUACCGAGAUGGUUAUUUAGACUCGCUUUUAUCUAUUGGUUUUAUAAGAGAGAUCAACAGAGUUAGGGUAAGUUUCAGCCCCAGAUUCUGUAAAUUUGUACUUUUGUGCACAUAAUUUGUGACAGUCUAGAGCUGAGAUUGGCUUAGUGACUAUAAAAACUGUACAGGCUUCUUUGGUUUAUUAUAUACAUUUUGGUUAAUGCUCUGAAA